AAUUCAGGUCUAUGAUCCCGCAUUGUUUUGCAAUCAACGGUCUUUUUUUCAAAAAAUAUACUAUUCUAAAGAUUAUCAAAUUGCCGAGCAUUUGA